GGAGAGAACCCUUUUCUUACAUAUCAUAGCAAAACGAAUCGAAUCGAAUCGAAUCGAAUAUUAAAUUUUUCUGAGUUAAAUUUUAUUCGGAUCGAAUCUUGAAUCCGAUGUUAAGCAUGAAGGGUGUGUGGUUGGUGAUGCUCAAGCUAACUAUGAUCCUCAUAUUUGGUGGUUGGAUUGCCCUUUGGCUUCUCAAGCCGACGCAAUUUUGGACGACAAGAUGGAAACGAGUCGAAGAUGCCGCCUCAUCCACCAUAUUCGGAUACAACGGUGUCGACUUUGUUGUAUAUAGCUUUCCUGUGAUAGCUUUGGCGAUGCUUGGCUUUAUCUACAUGGAUUUUAGACAAACAGAAUCAAGCAGAAAAGGAUAUGGAAGAUUCACGACUAGUUUGUCUAGUCCAUUACUAGUGAAUCCAUACGUUGGAAUCUUAUCCGGACUACAAAUUCUCGUUUCAUUGCUAUUUGUCGCCGUUCUUGUUUGGACAUUCUCUGUCCGUAUUUCCAAUGACUUCAAGAAAAUAACACCGGCCAAAUCGCUCAAACUAAGCUUAUGGCAAUAUAAGUUGUCGCGUAUGGCUACGAGAUGUGGAUUAUUGUCUGAAGCUUGUCUUGCGCUAUUAUUUAUCCCGGUGUUGCGAGGGAUGUCAUUAUUUCGUGUACUUGGCAUUCAAUUUGAGGCUUCGGUGAGAUAUCAUGUUUGGCUCGGCAAUGCCUUGGUAUUCUUUGCGACUUUACAUGGUGCCGGAACUCUCUUUAUUUGGGGAGUCGAGCAUAAAGUCGAAGAUGAGAUACGAAAGUGGCAAAAGAAUGGGCGGAUAUAUCUAGCCGGCGAAAUGGCUCUCGCAACGGCUCUCAUUAUGUGGAUCACGACAUUCCCACGAAUAAGAAGGAAACAGUUUCGUCUCUUCUUCUACACGCAUCACCUAUACAUAGUCUUCAUGAUACUUUUCUUGUUCCACGGGGGAGAUCGCCAUUUCUACAUGGUUUUCCCGGGAAUUUUUCUCUUUGCCGUUGAUAAGUUGCAACGUCUCAUACAAUCUAGGCCGUGCACUUGCAUUGUCUCCGCGCGUGUGUUCCCAUCCAAAGCCAUGGAAUUGACUUUGCCUAAGGAUCCAAGGAUGAGAUAUACGCCGACUAGUGUGAUAUUUUUGAAAAUCCCGAGCAUUUCCAAGGUUCAAUGGCAUCCUUUUAGCGUAACUUCUACCUCUAGCCUCGAUGAAAACACAAUCUCGGUUAUCAUUAAAUGCGAGGGACAAUGGACAAGCUCCUUGUAUAGCUUAGUCCACAAUGAACACGAUUUGGAAGAAGAUCAAAUGAUAUGUGUUCCCGUUGCGAUCGAGGGUCCAUAUGGCCCGGCUUCACUCGACUUCAUAAGAUACAAAUAUUUGCUCCUUAUUUCUGGAGGGAUCGGAGUAACACCAUUUUUGAGCAUUUUGAAGGAAAUCAGCUCUAACUCAAACUACGAUAAAAACCAUUACCCUCAUCGAAUACAACUCAUAUACACCAUAAAACAAUCCCAAGAUCUUUGCAUACUCGAAUCAAUUUUUCCUUAUCUUCUAAACACAGAGAAAUUCAAUAUAAACCUCAGAGUAUUCGUGACUCGUGAAAACUUCAUUGGUACGACUUUAAGAGACGUACUUGGCAACAUCCCCGAGCCACGGGUGACAACUUUUAGCACUACAUGUGCAAAAUAUGCGGCAUAUGGACCCGAAAGAUUAUUACACUUAGUAGCAAUCACUAUGGCUUCUUCUAUAGUAGUUGUUUUAUCGCUCAUUACUUUCAACUAUUUUGUCAUUCCACCGGCCAAGGCAAAGAAGGUUUCGUCUUCUUGGGUUGAUUUCUUUCUUUUAUGCUCGUUUCUAAUAGCUUUGGCAUGUAGCAUUUUGAUGGGCACUAUAAUAAAGUGGAGAAGAGUAAAGAAGGUCAAUUGGUUUUCCGAUAACAAAGAAAAGACCGUGAAAUUGAGUUCACUUGAAGCCUACAACGAUCUUGAUAAGCAUGAAAUUUUGUUCGGAGAAAGGCCAAACUUUCAAGAGAUUGUCUCGAGUUUUGGAAAUGAAUCCGGAGAAUCAAAUGUAGGUGUGUUGGUGUGUGGCCCCGAGUCUAUGAAAGAGUCCGUGGCUUUGGCAUGUCGACGAGCAAAUAGGGGCGAUAAGGGAAAGAAGCAAUACUUGAGCUUCCAUUCUCUCAACUUUACACUAUGAUUUGUGCUUAAAUUAAAAAGGGUUUUUUAUUUUAUUGACGAAUGGAGUAGAAAUGUUUGUAUAUGUUAUUAAAAAGAUAAAUGGUAUUAUGAUUUUAACUAAAAUUACAUUUCUACCGUGAGAUCGAUCAACUAUCCUUUUGAAUGUGUUUAUAUACUUU